CAGCACAACACCAACCAUCAACCACCAACUACAUCCACCAUGUCCGACUACACCGGCCCCGGCAUCUACGAGAUCGUGCCUCGCAUCGCCACGAACAAGGCCCUCAACGUUUGGGGCGGCGGUAACAAGGCCGGCACCCCCGUCCGUCUCUAUCCCUCCAGGCCGACACAAGAGAACGCCAAGUUUGAGAUCGUUUUGGCUGGUGGCAGCAGUGGAGACCACGAGGUCGGCCCCCGCCACUACCACAUCCUCAGCUACAACAGCGGCCUCUACCUCACUGCGCCUUCCUCGCAAGGACAAGGUAAACAGGUCGUCAUGAACAUCGGUCCCGUGGCCGACGAGAGUCUGCGCUGGAAGCUUCUACCGGCUGGUGAUGGCGCUUUCAACGUUGUUUCUGCAAAGGGCGACCUUCACUUGAACGUCGAGGGCAGCAACACUCAAGAUGGCGCGAACGUUAUCGUUUGGCCGCGUGAAUCCUUCCCCAACUCGCAGUUCUACAUCAAGCGUGUGUAG